CAGAUCAUGCUAUCUGGGACCUGUUGUUCACUGCAAUACGAGGAUCUGCAGCCAGCUGGCACCAUAGAAACUUAAGCUACGAGGAUCAGAGUACUACACUGCAAGUGCUUCAUAGGACAUUGUACCUAUAGACAAUCACAAGAUAACUGCUUCCUCUUUCUUCACCCUCAAAAAAAUGGACAACACUACAAAUUUCUAUUUGACACCAAAUACCACCAAACGAGUGUGGGGCGUUACUGCAAAUAUCUAUGACAACACUAUUGAAAAUCCCACGUAUAUGGAUUACGAAGAUGUCUCAGACAAUGCAGGAAUCUCUGUCCUUCAUGUUUUCUCUAUGGUGAUCUACUCUUUGGCUUUUCUACUGGGGACAACAGGAAAUGGCCUGGUCAUCUGGUUCAGUGUCUUCCGGAUGAAAAAGACAGUCAACGUCAUGUGGUUCUUAAAUCUGGCGAUAGCUGAUUUUAUCUUCACAUUUUUUCUCCCCUUGAGCGUUGUCUACAUUGCUCUUGGUUUUCAUUGGCCCUUUGGAAGAUUUAUUUGCAAGUUGAACAGUACAGUUGCCUUUCUCAAUCUAUUUGCCAGCGUCUUCUUGCUCACCGUUAUCAGUAUAGAUCGCUGUAUUUCUGUCAUUUUUCCUGUUUGGUGUCAGAACCAUCGAACCCCAAGACUGGCUUCCAUUGUUGUCCUGUGUGUUUGGAUCUUGGCUUUUAUUUUCAGUUUACCUUACUUUAUAUUUAGAGAUACCUUUCUACACAAUGGGAGAGUGUUCUGUUUUAACAACUUUGCUGAGGAUGAAGGAGACCUGUUUAUAUCAAGACAUAGGGACACUGUGAUAAUGAGAUUCAUUGUAGGCUUUGCUAUUCCUUUCUCCAUCAUUAUAUUAUGUUACACGGUGCUUGUACUACGUAUCCAAAGAAAUCACAUUACCACAUCUACCAAGCCAUUCAAAAUUAUUGUAGCUGUCAUCAUUUCAUUCUUUGUCUGCUGGUUUCCUUAUCAUGUCUUUUCCUUCCUUGAAUGGUCUGCAAGCUAUGGGGCAGAUCUCAGUGAUGUGCUACAAGUUGGAAUUCCACUUACCUCCAGCCUGGCAUUCAUUAACAGCUGCGUUAAUCCUUUUCUCUAUGUCUUCAUUGGUCGAGAUUUCAAGGAUAAAUUCUGGACAUCUUUCCAGUCUAUAUUUGAGAGAGCUUUCACUGAGGAUUCUCUGCAAGCAGAUUUACAGUCUAAGAGCAAGUCUACCUCUGACUCUCAGCUGGUCUAAGAUGAAACCAGAGGAUACUGUAGGUAAUUACCCACAGCACAGAGCUUUAUUCCAUCAUUUUUUUAUGUACUGUACAUAUUUUUUCCAAGAUAGCUGCAUCCAGUUAUAAUUUCCUCUUUUAUCCAAGACUACCUUAUCUGCCUGAAAUGUUUCACAAUUACCUCUGUGUUGAUAUUUCAGCAAAUUAUCAGUGAGAUUUAAAGCAACAUUUUUAUGUAAGGUUAAACAAACCUGAUUUAAUACAUUGGCAUCAGCAAUAAGACUCUCCCCUAGUCUCCAAAACUUCAAGCGUUCCCCCAAAAACUCACCUCUUCAGGCUGGCUUAUCACAUUCCAGAACCACUCACUCAACCUUCAUAAGCUUUUCUAUCCAGUUACAUCCCAUCUAUACAGUCCACACAUAUCCUCACAUAUUUUCUCUCUUCACUCUCCCAUCCUCCUGACCCCUGGCCAACAUCACUGAGUGACCUUAUCAAACAGCCCACCAAGAACCUUUGAAAUCUGGUGGACAAUUAUGCAAUAGAUAGCACCUAUCCUUGUGUAUCAAUGCCUAUUUCCCAAUAGAUUGUAAAGCUUAUGAGCAGGGCCUUCCUACCUCUAUGACUGUUUGUUAUUACCCAGUUUUGUUUUAUUAUUUUUGUUUCCAAUUGUAAAGUGCAAUGGAAUUUGCUGCGCUACAUAAGAAACUGUUAAUAAAUAAAUAAAUAAAUAAAAAGUA